UGUAUACCUUAGUCUUUAUGGUUAGCUAAGAUAAGAAUGGUUAAUUCCUUAAUUUUAAUAAUAAAUUAAUUAAGAACAAAAGAGUUCGAAAUCUAAGAAGUAAAAAUGUAAAUUAAACAUAAUAAAAUCAGUAGAUAAAUUAAAAAUUUUCAAUUAAUUGUCCUAGUUUUGGUUUUAUGAUAAAAUUCUAAAUUAAGCUGACAUCUGUAAAAUCACCUUAGAAUAUUUAAAUCAUACAUUCUUAUAUCGGUUUUGAACAAAGGUUAAGCAAAAUUAUAGUCCAAGACAUUUGAAAGUUUUUUACAAUGGCUAAUAGAUAUUGCUCAUUAGUAGUAAAUUCUACUAAAACAAGAUUUAUGUCCACUUCAAAUUUAAAAAAUAUAAGAACUAAAUCAAAAAAAGAGAUACCUAUUGUUAAGGGUUUACCAGUAGUUGGAACAAUGUUUUCAAUAUUAGCUGCUGGUGGUGGUCGUAAAUUACAUGAGUAUAUUGAUAAACGUCACCAACAAUAUGGCUCAGUAUUUAGAGAAAAACUUGGUCCUGUUGAUGCAUUUUGGAUUAGUAACCCAUUGGAUAUGAAAUUAUUAUUUGCACAAGAAGGAAAAUUUCCCAAACAUAUAUUACCUGAAGCAUGGUUACUUUACAAUGACACAUAUGGUCAACAACGUGGACUGUAUUUCAUGGAUGGAAAAGAAUGGUGGAAAUAUAGACAAAUAUUUAAUAAAAUUAUGUUAAAAGAUUUGAAUGUAAAUUUUAUCAAAUCUUAUAAAAUUGUAAUUAAUGAUUUCUUAAAUGAAUGGGAAUUAAGUGAUGGACAAGUGCUUCCCCAUCUUACAGCAGAUUUAUAUAAACUUUCUAUAUCAUUUAUGGUGGCACAUUUGGUUGGAGGAGCUUAUGAUAAUUAUAAAAAUGACAUAUCAAAUGAUAUAAACUGUUUAGCUCAAUGUAUACAAAAAGUAUUUCAGUGUACUGUCAAAUUUACAGUUAUUCCUGCUAACAUUUCUAAAUUAUUAAAACUAAAAAUUUGGAAUGAUUUUGUGCUAGCUGUUGAUAAUUCUAUUGAAAGUGCAAAUAAUUUGGUGUCAAAAUUAAUGAGCUUUAAUGGUGAUGGUUUAUUAAAUUCUUUACUAAAUGUUCAUAAUAUACCUAACAAUAUGAUUAAGAGGCUAAUAGUCGAUUUUAUAAUUACUGCUGGUGAUACUACUGCUUAUUCAACUCAAUGGUCUUUGUAUACUCUAGGGCUUCAUAAGAGUAUACAAAGUAAUUUAAGACAUAGCUUAUUAGAAACAGAUUUCUUGGAUUGUGAUUAUUUGAAUAAUAUUUUAAAAGAAGUUCUAAGAAUGUAUCCAUUGGCACCUUUUCUUGCAAGAAUUUCUCCAAAUGAUAUAUAUUUAACAGAUCACAUAAUACCUGCAAAUAGUUUAGUUGUUAUGUCAAUGUUCACAAGUGGUAGAAAUGAAAAAUAUUUCAAUAAUCCUGAUGAAUUUAGACCAGAUCGCUGGAAUCGUCUAAAAAGUAAUAAAUAUAAUGGUGUUAAUGAGCCAUUUGCAACCCUUCCUUAUGGAUUUGGUGCAAGAUCAUGCAUUGGACAAAAAAUGGCACAUGUCCAAAUGUGUUUGACAAUAGCAGAGUGCAUCAAAAGAUAUAAGAUGCAGACAAUGAAACCAGUAAAAAUUGCAUUAGAUUUAAUUACAGUUCCAGAUAAUCACAUAAGUAUAAAAAUACAAAAGAUAUAAUUUUUAAAGUUUAUAAAUUAUUCCUUUAUAAAAUUGAAUACA